AUGAACUGUGCUCUUGAAGGAAACGGCAUAAAAGCUUUUGGAAAGGCCAUUUAUGCACUUUCACGAAUUGCAGAUGAACUGUGGUUGGACCCCAUGGUCAAGGGGCUGGCUCUGAGAUCAGUGAAUUCAUCUCAGACUGCAUAUGCCUGCUUCUUCUUCUCGCCAAUGUUCUUUCACACCUACAGCCUGGCAUCAGAGCAGACCAUUAAACCCAUUCGUUGCAAGCUGGCUAUGAAGUCUUUGCUACCACUUUUCCGAUGUUCAAUUACAAACGAGCGGAAUGUGGAGCGAUGUCAAAUAUCUGUCGACACUCCAAAUGACAGAGUAAUGAUUCAAUUUUUCUGUAGGCACGGUAUCACAAAAACCCACAACCUAUGUUACCAGGAGAGCGCUCCUCUGCAGGCUGUGUUUGAUUCACAUUUAUGUGCAAAUGUACUUCAGGGUCCAGCCAGGCUUCUUGCGAAUAUGGUGAUGCAUUUCCAAAGAAGUCAAGAGGAAGUCACUCUAUCUAUAACUCCUCUGCGAGUCAGUCUGAGGAAUUACCACGAAGGAAGAAAUGAUCACAUGAAGAUGAUGUACACAGAAAUGUCUUUACACCCUGACGAAUUUGACUUUUUUCAGUCUGGAGGCGACACAGCCAUCACUUUCUGUCUGAAAGAACUGAGGGCUUUGCUGACCUUUGCGGAGUCGCUCUACCUAUUGGUCUCAGUCCAAUUCGGUGCUGCAGGAAAGCCUCUGUGCUUCUCUGUGGAAAACCCUGUCCUCGAAGCCACGGUGGUGCUGGCUACUCUAAAUGACUAUGACAGUGGGGGCCCAUCUCGACCGACAAAUACCCUAGAACCAACUAUAUCUCGAUGCACGGAUGCUGCAGCCAGAGACAACCCUUCCAGUCCAGGUGCUGUCAUGGAAGUGGUCCCAUCCAGCCAGGGCAGCCCCACCGAUAGGCCAGACUCUCAUCUGCUGCUUUACAACAGCAAACUUCUUGAAGUUUGCACCAUCGAUAUGACUGGGAGUAGUCCUGCCUCCUCCAUGAUCUGCUCCCUCCUGUUUCAAGCUUCCCCGUCAAAGCAAGAUGAGAAUUGUGCUGCCUCGGUUCUGGUUUGUGAGAGCGAAAUGGAGAUGGACGAAGACCUGGAAUGA